AUGAAAUCUCGCGAUGACGAAGAGGUAUCUUACCCUCGUGGAGAACAGGCAACUGGAAAGAAUGGACGAGUGUGGCUUGGUGCGCUUCAAGGAAAUCGUGCUGAGGUUGUUCCAGCAUCCAAUCGAGUUUCUAUGAGAGUGGCGGAGCAGGAGCGUCAAAUUCGUCUCUCACGCUCUAAUCGCAAGUACAAGUAUUUAUUGUUGCCCGACUCAAUGAUUCGAUAUUGCUGGGACCUUCUUCUAGCCAUUGCAACCAUUCUCCUCAUAUGGCGCGUACCAUAUACGAUUGCUUUCGGAGACAGUGAUCUUUGGUAUUGGUUUUUAUUCAACAAGACUACUGAUGCAAUAUAUCUGCUUGAUGUUGCAUUAAAUUUUCGAACAGGAUAUGUAGAAGAUACAGAAAUUAUCAUGGACAGCCGUUUGGUCGCCAAACACUACUUCAAAAGUUGGUUUAUUGUGGACCUUAUUGGAUCGAUUCCAAUCGAGUACAUCAUCACUGUCAAAACAGCCGGCAUAUCCAGUGUUGAAAGAAAAGCUUUUAAGGCUUCAGUGAAAUACAUGAAACUUCCGAAGCUUUUUCGUGUGGCUCGGCUCAUUAAAUUCGUUCAGAAGUACAUGAAAUUUGCGUAUGCUGUUCAAGUAUUUGCUUGCUACAUUUCGUUUAUCCACUGGGUCGCUUGUUUGUGGGCUGGACCGAUCUACCGUGGAACCCAAGUGGCAGUUCCAGGUGUGAUUGGGUCCAGCUCACGAGCAUUGCAAUAUCAGGAAAAAGUUCGAUUGGUUAUGAGCGAUCUGAAAGCGCUUCAUGUACCAAACGAAAUGCGCAAAUCCACAAAGAAGUACUACGAAACUCUAUGGCGCAUGAAAAACACUUCUGACAGGACUGUUCCGAUUCCUGUCUUGCUGCUUGCGUCAUGA